AUGGCUCGCUGGGAGGUUGUGUGCCUGUCCCUCGCCUUCUGCCUGGGGGCAGCGAGGGCUGCAAAGCUGGGCAUUGUGAGCACGGAGGGAGGCUUCGUCGAAGGGGUUAAUAAGAAGCUGGGCCUCUUUGGGGACUAUGUGGAUAUCUUCAAGGGAAUCCCUUUUGCUGCGCCUACGAAGACCCUCGAAGACCCCCAGCCACACCCUGGCUGGCCAGGCACCCUGCAGGCCAAGGACUACAAGAACCGCUGCCUGCAGGCUACGCUCACCCAGACGGACACUCGGGGCGGCGAAGAUUGUCUGUACCUGAAUAUUUGGGUCCCUCAAGGGAAAAAGCAAGUUUCCACCAACUUGCCCGUGAUGAUCUGGAUCUACGGGGGAGCCUUUAUCUGGGGAGGCGGGCAGGGCGCCAACUUCCUGAGCAACUACCUCUACGAUGGGGAGGAGAUCGCCACCCGGGGGAAGGUCAUCGUGGUGACCUUGAACUACCGCCUGGGGCCCCUCGGCUUCCUCAGCACCGGAGAUGAUAGCCUGCCAGGAAACUAUGGGCUCAAAGACCAGCACAUGGCCAUCGCCUGGGUGAAGAGAAACAUCAAGGCCUUUGGAGGGGACCCGGAGAACAUCACCCUCUUUGGGGAGUCCGCUGGGGCCGUCAGCGUCUCCUUGCAGACGCUGUCUCCUUACAACAAAGGCCUGAUCAAACGGGCCAUCAGCCAGAGCGGAGUCGGCCUGUGCUCCUGGGCCAUUCAGAAGAACCCCCUCUUCUGGGCUACCAAGAACUGGGUGAGUAGUUAUUCCCCCUGCAUUCGUGGCCUCUGGUGGAGAUAUCUGCCUUCUAGAGAUCCCCUGGUCCACUACCUGGCCUUAACCCCGGUGGUCGACGGAGACUUCAUCCCCGACACCCCCGACAAGCUCUUUGCCAACGCCGCGGACAUUGACUACAUCGCCGGCGUGAACAACAUGGACGGGCACUUCUUUGCCUCGCUCGACAUGCCGGCCCUCAACCGCCCCCUGGUGAAGAUCACAGCGGAAGACGUGUAUCGUGUGAUUCAGGGGCUGACCAUGGAGAAGGGUGCAGACGGGGCACGUGCCGCCUUCUCGCUGUACACCCAGGUGUGGAGCGACAGCGUCACCCAGGAAGUCAUGAAAAGGACCGUGGUGGAUCUGGAGACUGAUUAUAUAUUCCUGGUGCCCACCCAGCGGGCCCUUGAACUCCAUGCCCAAAAUGCCAAGAGUGGCAAGACCUACAGCUACGUGUUCUCCCAGCCGUCUCGAAUGCCAGUUUAUCCCAGCUGGGUUGGGGCGGACCACGCCGACGAUCUCCAGUACGUCUUUGGGAAGCCCUUUGCCACGCCCCUGGGCUACCGGGCUCAGCACCGGACCGUCUCCAAGGCCAUGAUCGCUUACUGGACCAACUUUGCCAGGACGGGUGACCCCAACAAAGGCGAAUCCACCGUGCCCAUUGGCUGGGUCCCCUACGAUCCUCAGCAGGGCUACUACCUGGACAUCAACAAGGACAUCAACUAUGACUCGGUGAAGCAGGGCCUGAGAGCGCCUUACGUGCAGUUCUGGAACGUCGCCUACCGCAGCCUUCCCAGCGCGGCGAACACCACGGAGCUCGAGUAGAACCAGUGGUCCGAAACAUUAAA